AUGGCGACCCAGGAGGUCGAAGGUCAUGCCGAUCAUAGAGGAGGCACUGAAGUCGAGAUAAAGAUCCAGGGGGUCAAGGCCCCAUGGGCUGGAGCCGAGACUGAGGCACCAUGGAUGCUAUGCGUUGGCGAACAAGUGGAAGUUCUAUCAAGCGAGGCUGAUCAAGGAGUGAACAUCGCAGAAUCGGUACCUCUAAGUGCUGGGCAAGGGUCGACGAGCGCAAAGGAGGCGUUGACAGCUACUGGGCAUGGCCAAACAGGCAUGCAAGCGGUUGGGCACGGAGCUAGGAAGCAGAAUACGGUGGAGGAUGCUAGCGGCGAUGAUUCUGGUCAGAUAAUAGAUGAUUUGGUUCGUUCAUGUGAAACUCCACGGAGUCAAAUUCCACAAGGCUCUCCUGGUAGUGGCCCGCGCAAUGUUUCUCGCCCUGACAGUAGUAAAAAUUGGGAGGAUACUACAGAUUGUUUUCACUUAUAAUAUUCUCUCAACGGUCCUGUCAUCGAGCUGAAAUGGUUGAGCCUG